GAGCUAUAAACCCCUGCACUUUCUCCUAUCAUCUUUGUGUUAAGGAAGGAUUUCUUAGCUUUCCAACAAGACCAAAUAUGACGAAUUUCAUCGCCUAGUGUAUUUUGUACAAUUUUUUGACUAUGGGCAGCGGAAACUGCAACUUUCUGAAAAAUUAAAGCAUUGGGAGAAUCAAUCCUUUGCUUGCCUUCUUCUUCUAUUUCGUCUCUCCUUGUAAACCUUACAAACCCAAGGAAACACAGACCAGAGAGAUUUUGUUCCGGCGAGUCGAAGAAAAUGGCGAAUUCUUCAUCAUCCGUAGACUUGGAGAAUGUGGACUCUAUUAGUCUCAUGACUGAGCUUCUUCGUCGUAUGAAGUGUUCUACCAAACCUGACAAACGUCUUAUUCUCAUCGGUCCACCUGGGUCAGGGAAAGGUACUCAGUCACCUAUUAUUAAGGAUGAGUAUUGUUUGUGUCACUUAGCGACUGGGGAUAUGCUAAGAGCUGCUGUUGCUGCUAAGACACCUCUUGGGGUUAAGGCUAAAGAGGCUAUGGACAGAGGAGAUCUUGUUUCUGAUGACUUAGUUGUUGGCAUCAUUGACGAAGCAAUGAAGAAACCAUCAUGUCAAAAAGGGUUCAUUCUUGAUGGGUUCCCAAGAACAGUAGUUCAAGCAGAAAAGCUUGAUGAGAUGCUUGGGAAGCAGGGAGCUAAAAUUGACAAAGUGCUCAACUUCGCGAUUGAUGAUUCCAUCUUGGAGGAGAGAAUUACUGGUCGGUGGAUCCAUCCUUCAAGUGGUAGGAGCUACCACACAAAAUUUGCACCCCCUAAAGUUCCCGGCGUUGAUGAUGUCACUGGAGAGCCUUUGAUUCAGAGGAAAGAUGAUACUGCUGAGGUUCUCAAAUCGAGGCUGGAGUCAUUCCACAGGCAAACCAAGCCGGUCAUUGAUUACUAUGGGAAGAAGGGCGUUGUUGCUGCACUUCAUGCCGAGAAAUCUCCAAAAGAUGUGACUUCAGAGGUUCAGAAGGUGCUCUCUUGACAAGUGAGCUCCUGCUGUUUAUAACUUGAUGUUCGUCUUAUGUGAGUCCAAUUUAUUUUUGACUAUUUGUGAGUUAUAUGUGAAAUUAACUAUCAAACAUUUUUGACACUCCAAGAGAGUUUUAGAGAGGGAGGAGAGAGAGGGAGGGAUGAGGACAGUAGAAUUAUGGGGGGUCAUAAAUUCUGCCUAAUUGAGCAGUUACAAAUCAAUCAUUUUGAUGCUUCAAAAAAAAAAAUUUUAUCAUUUUGGUUGAUA